AUGUUUUCAAAAAGAUUUUAUUCAUCUUCAUCAAAAAUGAUUUCUCAGAUUAAGAAUCAAAAUUUAAUUAAAACUAAAGGUUUUAUUAAUGGACAAUGGGUAUCAAGUUCAUCAAAUGAAUCAUUUGUAGUUACUAAUCCUGCUUUAGUUCCUAAAAAUGAAGCAGUAAUUGAAACAGUUCAAUCAAUGACUGAAGAUGAUUAUAAUAAAGCAAUUGAUUAUGCUUAUGAUUCAUUUGAAAAAUUUAAAAAAACUACUGGUAGAUAUAGAUCAGGUUUAUUAUUAAGAUUAUAUGAAUUAAUGAUUGAAAAUCAAGAAGAUUUAGCUAAAUUAUGUGUUUUAGAAAAUGGUAAACCAUAUGCAGAUGCUUUGGGUGAAGUUAAAUAUGCAGCUUCAUUUUUCCAAUGGUUUUCAGAAGAAGCUCCAAGAAUUAAUGGUGAUAUAAUCCCAUCAGCAAAUCCACAAAAUAGAAUUUUAGUAUUAAAACAACCAAUUGGUGUUUGUGGUAUUUUAACACCUUGGAAUUUUCCAUUAGCUAUGAUUACAAGAAAAGUUGGUGCUGCAAUUGCUACUGGUUGUACAACAGUCAUUAAACCAGCUUCAGAAACUCCAUUAUCAGCAUUAGCAAUUGCUUAUUUAGCUCAAGAAGCUGGAUUUCCAGAAGGUACAAUUAAUGUUUUACCAUGUAAAUCAAGUUCAAUGGCUGGUAAAUUAAUUUGUGAACAUCCAAAAAUUAAAAAAGUUAGUUUUACAGGUUCAACUGGAGUUGGUAGUAUAUUAAUGAAACAAAGUUCUUCAACUUUAAAAAAAUUAUCAAUGGAAUUAGGUGGUAAUGCACCAUUUAUAGUGUUUGAUGAUGUUAAAGAUAUAGAUAAAGCUGUACAAGGAGCAAUUGCAUCAAAAUUUAGAUCAAGUGGUCAAACUUGUGUUUGUGCGAAUAGAUUAUUUAUUCAUGAAUCAAUUUAUGAUGACUUUAAAGAUAAAUUAAUCUCAAAAUUAAAAGAAACUGUUGUUUUAGGUGAUGGUUUAAAAGAAGGUGUUACUUAUGGUCCUGUUAUUAAUGAAAGAUCAAUGAAAAAAGUUAGAGAACAUAUUGAAGAUGCUACUGGUAAAGGUGCAAAAAUUUUAUUUGGUGGCAAUAAAAGAGAAGAUCUUGGUGCAAAUUUCCAUGAUUUAACUGUAUUAGGUGAUGUUACUACUGAGAUGCAAAUUUUUAAUGAUGAAACUUUUGGUCCAGUUGCUCCAUUAAUUAAAUUUAAAUCUGAUGAUGAAGUUAUUAAAAUGGCAAAUGAUACUCAAUUUGGUUUAGCUGGUUAUUUCUAUGCUACUGAUGUUAGUAGAGUUUUUAAAGUUGCAGAAGCUAUUAAUGUUGGUAUGUUGGGUAUAAAUACUGGUGCAAUUACAGAAGCUGCAUUACCAUUUGGAGGUAUUGGAGAAUCUGGAUUUGGAAGAGAAGGUUCAAAAUUCGGUGUAGAUGAUUAUUUAAUCAUUAAAAGUUGUGUAUUAGGAAGUGUUGAUGUAUAG